AUGCCUACUACCACUGAGAUCCUCAACUGCCCCCUCGUGGCCGGCAGUGAGCUCGGCAACCCAGACAACCAUGCCGCGCAAAUCAUGAAAGAAGUCGGCGACACGCUCGCCAAACAAGAUGGCGUGCAGCAAAUCAACUUUGGCAUGCACAUUGAGAGCCCUGAUACGCUGCAGCUAUUCGUCAACUGGGACAGCCUCGACGCGCACAAGACCUUCAUGACCCAGGCGCAUUACCAGCCUUUCCUGAAUCGCUUCCUGACCAUCGCGGGCGGCGCUCCAAGCAUCGCGCAUGCGGACCUCAAGCCGGAUGGUGCAGUGUCGAAAGCUCUCGCCGCACCGGUGACCGAGAUUGCAACUUUCUACUUCGACUCCGCUCCUCCGAGCGAUGCCUUGGAGAAUGCGCAGAAAUUCGGGAAGAUGCUUGAGGACGAGAAGACGGAGGGCUUCUUGGGCGGCGCGGUGGGGCUUACGUAUGAAGAGAUUGAGAGGGAGGGCGUGAAGGGGAAAGGAAUGGUGAUUGCGAUUGGGUGGGAGAGUGUUGAUGCGCAUAUGAAGUUCAGGGAGACUGCCACGUUCAAGGACAAUAUCAAUCUGCUGAGGAACGGGGCGGAGAAGAUUGAGAUGCAUCAUGUUGCUUUCAUGAGUUUCGUGGCGUAG